CGAGCGCGGAAUUCAAAAAUUAUUCGCAUGCUUGACCAUUUAAUUAUUAUUUAGUAUAUAAUGUGGUUGUCAAUGAAAGUAUCCAUUACUUGUGGUUUGUUUGUGAUGGUAUCCACAAUAGGAUCUUUGGCACAGGUUAAUGACACUUAUUAUUAUUCAAUAGAAGUUAACCUCGAAAUCAUCCAUUGUAAAAUGUGUAAACCUGGCACUUACUGGAUUAAACAUUGUACUCAAGACGGUGGCGAGGCAAUAUGUGAGGACUGUGAUGAUGGACGGUUUACUGAGAACUACAAUCGAGCAAUUUAUUGUAAAAGGUGUACUGAAUGUACAGGAACUGAUCAACCAUCGGGUGAAGCUGUGGCAGAGGCAUGUACGCGACUUCACGAUACGAUAUGUGAGUGUAAAUCUGGGUACUGGAGAGAAGGAAACGUCGGGGCUUGCCAAAAAGUAUUGCCAUGUGAGCCCGGAUAUGGCGUGAUGAAAUUGGGGGACAGUCACAAUGAUACAACAUGCGAGAGAUGUGUAAACGGGAAGACCUUCUCCAACAUCAGUUCCAAGGUGACGCCAUGUCAGAACUGUUCACUCUGUCUGGAGGGAUGGGUGCAAAAAACUCCAUGUAACGAAUUUGAGGACACUGUGUGUAUUCCAAAAGCGGGCAGUCACAAAAGUACAACAGUUUAUGGGAAUACCUUCUCCGACAUCAGUACCGAUCAAAAUCAAAAUCCAGAAGAUUUAAAGAAUGCCAGCGUUUAUGUCAUUGUGGGAGUGGGCUGUGGCGUAAUAUUUAUGAUACUGGGUGUCAUUAUUGUAUGCUACCGUCGGAAAAACAAACUUCAACAGUCACCUUGCUGGGGUUCCAACUCGCAUGGUGAGGAAGAAGACAGCCAACAACAUCCAUCCACUUCAUGUGAGAUGGAUCUGUUAAAUGCUGGAGAAAACCCGCAUGAUGUCGAAAAGCCAAACAACACGAGUCCUGCAUUGCUUAAUGAAUCUUCCACAAAAAAAAAAAGUUUAUAAACUACGUUGACCUUAGGGUACUGCCGUCAUUCUGGUGCCAGAUCUUUAUUGCUAAAACAUGCCAUUUUAGUGUUAAAACGUUAUUGCUCAAGCAAUGAUGUUUUUUGUGUUUAAACUUUUUACUUGAGUAAUGCAAUUUAUGUGUUCAAACUUUAUUGCACAAGCAAAGACAUUUUUUGUUCAAACUUUUCACUUGAGUUAUCCCAUUUAAGUGUUCAAACUUUAUGCCACUAGCAAAGACACUUUUGUGUUCAAACUUUUUUCUUGAGUAAUGCCAUUUUUGUGUUCAUUCUUAUUGCUCAAGCAAUGCCAUUUUGGUGUUCAAACUUUUUUACUUGAGUUAUCCCAUUUAAGUGUUCAAACUUUAUUGCACAAGCAAAGACACUUUUCUGUUCAAACUUGUUUUACUUUCAAGACUAAUACCAUUUUUGUGUUCAAACUUUAUUGCUCAAGCAAUGAAAUUUUUGUGUUCAAACUUUUUUACUUGAGUUAUCCCAUUUAAGUGUUCAAACUUUAUCGCUAAAGCAAUGACAUUUUAGUGUUCACGCUUUAUUAUUCAGGUAAUGCCAUUUGUGUGUUCAAACUUUUUUACUCAAGCAAUCUUAGUUAAGCGUUGAACCAAUUUCAUUUUAGUUUUCAAAACAAUGUCAUUUUGCUGCACAAACUAUGUAAUUUUGUUGCUUAAACAAUGUCAUUUUGGAUCUUGACAAUUAUUGUGCACGAUGUGAUUAUAACAAAUUUUUGCAUUUGGGAAAUCUGUAAUUUAGUUUAAUCAUUAUUUGUUCCUGGCGCUAAUAUCGCGAAAAGAUCUUAUGUCAAAUCUUAAUCUCAGCCUUAACUCAGUUUACCACAUAUCAACAAAAGCUUUUAGUAUUGGUAUAUGGUUUAGUACUUUAUGAAAGCCCAUUUACCAAAAGAAUAUGUUGAAUAAAAUCUUUUUCAAAAAUCUAAAGGGAAAAAAAGAUUGAUCAGCAAAAAAUAAUUGAGUACAAAAUGUGUUUUGGUUAAGGUUUGGCAUAUUAUCUAGUUUUAAUGUGAUCCAUGCGUGAUUUACCUAAACGUUGUAAUCGUUAAACUUAAAAGCGGCGAAAAAGUGUAGCGCGCUGUCUUCUGUUUACCAUUGCAUGGUAUUUAAGCAAAUCAUUGGAACCAUAACUAUAGUCUUGUUCAAUUGCUGAUGUUAUAAACUGAUUUUUUUUCUGUAAUCAUACAAAUGUUCAAUAUUUGUUUCAUCCUUGAAACACCACUUCUAAGCUCACCUUAGCCGUAGGCUGAGGGUAAGCUAUUAGGAUUGAUGAAUAUCUGUCGUCCGUCGUUUGUCCACACUUAGUUUGUUAACACUCUAGUGGUCAAUUGUUUGCCUGAAUUGUCACGAAACUUGGUCAGGAUGUUUGUCACAGUAAUUACUCGGAGGAGUUUGAA